AUGCCCGUUGCCGAGGACAAUAGCGCUGACUGUGAAGACACGUCCAUGACAAGCUUCAUCAUGUUUGGAUACAUGUCCACCACGGAUCCUUCGGAAUUACCUACCCUCGGCAACACGCUCUGCUCUACGCGAGAGUCAAUCUCUGCUCUAUCAGCUCCUCCAAUAUUGAGUCAAAUGGCACAGAUGCGUAUCUGA